AAAUAAUGUGAUAUCCAAAUCGAAACAUAUGUGAUAGAUAAAUCUAAAAGUAAAAUGUUCCCUUAAAUUUUGCUUUUUUUUAACCGCAUUGAAAUCGUGAUCUCAGAAAAUGAAUCAAUACAUCCUUAAAUCUUUUGCUUUGACAUCUGGCUAUAUUCCUCGAAGGAGCAAAGUUCGUAAUUUGCCAAAGACUUAUGAUGAUUUUGAAACACCAUUUAUGAAAACCAGAAAACCUGGCAGAACAUGGCUGACUAACUUCUAUGCUUUUGUUCAACAAAAAAAUAUUACCCUUGCUGAUUUGAAGAACUGGAAGAAGUGGAAGGAAUUUGAUGCAAUGGUAGAAGAUCAAAUAUAUUUACCAGAACGACACAAAAUACUUGGACCAGAUUUGGCUACAGCUCAUUUCAUUUUAGCUCGGGGUGGAAGAUUAAAAUUUAAAGGAAGUAACAAGUGGAUGACACGAGAACAUCUCCUGAAAGAAAUUGUGCCCUCAUCUUACAAUGCUUCUUUUCGUAUUGAACACAUAGACUUUUCUGGAUCUAACUUGUGUUAUGAAGGUUUUGAAAAUUUGUGUAAUUUAAAAGAUCUACAAACUCUUGUAUUGAGGAAUUGCAAAUAUGUUGAUGAUUGGUGUUUAAGUCGAUCCCAUUUUUACGCUUCCUCUUUAAAAUACUUGGAUUUGAGUGGAUGCCAUUCGGUGACGGACAGAGGGGUUUGCACUCUACAUGUAUUGAAGAAUCUGGAAACACUUGUUUUGCAAAAUACACCUAAUAUCCAAAACAGAGAACUGGUGUGCCUUCUUUUACAAGAAAUAAUUCCAAAAUGUAGAAUCAUCGGAGUUGACUACGAAGAUCCUGUGUUGUUAGAGAGAUUAAAACUUUCUGCAAACUCUAGUUUAUAGCAUCAAGUAGUUCUUAUAUUGUAAAUAUCAACGUUGUUGUUAAAAAUAUUUGUUAAAUGUUAUUAAAAUGCUCUUAAUUUAAUGAUC